AGCCCGUGUUCUGGUUCUACGUGAAGGAGGUCCUCAGCAAGCACGAGCUGCCACGCUUCUACUCCCUGCGCCACAUCUCCUCAGACGUGGGCCGCGGCCGGGCCUGGCUGCGCUGUGCCCUCAACGAACACUCCCUGGAGCGCUACCUGCACAUGCUGCUGGCCGACCGCAGUCUGAACUCCAUCCUUUUUGCAAUCAACAUCGACAACAAGGAUUUGAAUGGGCAGAGUAAGUUUACUCCUACCGUCUCAGACCUCUUAAAGGAGUCCACGCAGAAUGUGACGUCCCUGCUGAAGGAAUCCACGCAGGGAGUGAGCAGCCUUUUCAGGGAGAUCACAGCAUCGUCUGCCGUCUCUAUCCUCAUCAAACCUGAGCAGGACACCGACCCCCUGCCCGUUGUGUCCAAGCAUGUCAGUGCUGAUGCCAGAUGUAAAAAGGAGCGGAAGAAGAAAAAGAAGGUGACCAACAUUAUCUCUUUUGAUGAUGAGGAAGAAUGGCAGAACUCUGGCGAUGUUUUUAAAAAGAUCCCCGGGGCAGGGGAGAGCUCAGAGGAGAACUCCGACCGCUCCUCCAUCAAUAUCAUGUCGGCCUUUGAAAGCCCCUUUGGGCCAAAUUCCAACGGAAGUCAGAGCAGCAGCUCAUGGAAAAUUGAUUCUCUGUCCUUGAAUGGGGAGUUUGGGUACCAGAAGCUCGAUGUGAAAAGCAUUGACGAUGAAGACGUGGAUGACAACGAGGAUGAUGUGUACGGGAACGUGUUGGGAAGGAAAUGCCUGGGCCAUUCGGGGUCACCUGAGAAGUAA